AUGGCCUCACAUCACUCACGAGAACAAGGAAUAUUACGUCGUCAUCGAUGGACGUGUCGACAAGCCUACGAUAUUUCCAUCCUGUCACCCGCGGAUGUGCAUCGCCCACCACCACGAGACCCCAGACCCCAGACCCCAGAACUUCGCGUGUCAGGGCAGUUGCUGGAUAAAAAUGGAACUCGCAUCACGUCGGGGCAUUGGUAUCAUGACGGGGAGGUGAGGUUUUCAAAGGAGGAGUUUAACAGUGCUGGGGGGGGGCUGACUCUUUGCCUGCGCAUGCCAAAUGCACAAAACGUGAUACAAACCCUGGACAUUCACCUACAUAAUGAUGCGUCGACUCAUGGCGCCCAUGACGUUCACGCGGAGAAUUUUCCAAUCCACUCCUUUCGCUGCACCAGACGUCUGUGGCUGCGAGUCUUACCGCCGCUGGAUCUAUUGAGGAGGAACGCGCCCCUCGAUAUAACCCAAGCCAUUUCUAACCCCGGUCCGCCUCACAGAUGGCGCUGGCUACCGCGGCGUUAUGUUACAAUCAAGGUCAGCGCGAAUAAUUACGCCGAUAAAAAGUCCGCCGAGACGGAAUUACGUAUCACAGAGCACAUUACAAAAGCGAAUCCCCAACAUGUUGGUUAUGACUUUGUACGAACUCUGCUCGACUCAUUCGAACUACGUGGGCCAUGUGGCACACAUGUGUGCCUGGUCUUUUAUACUUUACGAGAGCCUCUGGAGAUAUUCAAACAACGCUUUCAAAACGACGUGCUGCUACCUUUGGAUGUCCUUAAGCUAAUAGCCACAAUGCUAUGUCUCCAACAACACGGAAGCCGCAUUCUACUUGGAAUACAUGGACUAACGGAAGCACAAGAUCUUAAAUCCGAUAAUAUCCUAGUUGGAUUGAGGGACGAAUCCAUAUUGGAAAUCGUUGCACGCGAGGAAUUUGAGCACCCUCUCCCUCAGAAGAUUCUGGAGGACCGGAUAAUCUAUCUGUCUCGAAAUGAACUUGGCUUGCAGACAAAAGGGAUAGGAAGACCAGUGAUUCCUGAUUUUGGCCUUGCUGUACGUGGGGAUGUAUCUCAUCCGUAUUAUCAUACCAUUCAACCAGACGACUAUCGUGCCCCAGAAAUUAUCCUCACAGCAGGUUGGAGUUACAGCGCAGAUAUAUGGAACGUUGGUGUUCUGUUAUGGGACUUGCUUGAAAAAGAUGGCAUCUUCGAGGCGCUUAAUCCGCACAAAAUGGAGUAUACGAGCGAGAGGCAUCUGGCGCACAUGAUCGCACUAUUGGGACCGCCACCGAAAGAGCUUCUCGACCAAGGAAGCGAGUCCACAAUGUAUUUUGACCAUAGCGGUGCAUUCCGAUAUCCAGAAUUGAUCCCAGAAGGUCUCUCCUUGGUAGAUUCUCUAAAUCAGGUCGAAGGUGAAGACGAAAUAUCAUUCCUCGACUUUAUCAUGAGAAUGUUACGAUGGCAGCCAGAAGAGCGCAGCAGUGCAAAAGACUUACUCGCCGAUCCAUGGCUCAGAAUUAGCUAG